AUGACCACCUCACCACCACCACAACCACAUCCGCCCGACACAACCACAACCUCACCUCCACCAGACACCACCACCAACGAAACCACCCACCCCCGCCCCUCAAAAUUCCGCUUCAAAGACCCCUCCCGAAAACGCCAUCGCCACCACUCCAAUGACCGACCACGAGACCGACACCGCACUCCCUCCCCCAAACGUAAAAAACACCGCGCCCCCCACCGCCGCAAACACACCACCCCACCACCAGACGCUGACCCCUCCACAACGCGGUUCUCCCCCACCACCGCCUUCCGCGAAUCUCUGUUCGACGCGCUCGGGGACGACGAAGGCGCCGCAUACUGGGAGUCCGUGUACGGUCAACCCAUCCACACGUACUCGGUGCCGGAAGUACCCAAGGGUCCGAAUGGCGAGCUGGAGAUGAUGGACGAGGAGGAGUACGCUGCGUACGUGAGACGGAAGAUGUGGGAACGGACGAGAGAGGGGAUGCUUGCUGAGGAGGAGAGGAUACGGGAGGAGAGGAGGAGGGUGAAAGAGAAGGAAAGGAGGAGGGAGAGGGAGAGGGGGGAGUGGGAGAGGGCGGUGGAGGAGAGUUCGAGGAGGGGAAGGGAGAGGAAGAGGAGGCGGGGGUGGAGGGGGGUUUGGGGGAAAUAUUGUGCUUGUUGGGAGGAGUUGGAUGGGCUGGGUAGGGGGGAUGAGGAGGAAGGGGGUAAGGGGAGGUUUGAGAAGAUGGUGUUUUGGCCGGUUGAGAGUGGGGAGAGGAGGGAUGUGGGGAGGGAGGGAGUGGAGGAGUUUAUGAGGGAGUGCGCGAGGGUUGUUGAUGAUGAGGAUAAGGAUGGAGGUGGAGAUGGGUUGCUGGGGCUUUUGAAGACGGAGAGGGUGCGGUGGCAUCCGGACAAGAUCCAGCAUCGGUAUGGGAAGUUGGGGAUUGAUGAGCGGGUGUUGAAGAGUGUGACGGAGUUUACUGGUUGGUCGUCAACUUUUCGCGUUGCAAGGAAGCAAGCUCAUAGAUAG